UCCCCCACGUGACCCGUGCUGGCCAAUGGGCGGGCGGGGCGGUGGGGAUCCGGCUGGAACCGGUUGGGCCGCGUCCGGCUCUAUAUAAAACUUUAUAAACACCCGAUUCAAAUUAGUGGGGUCGGGAGAGAGACCAGGGAACCUAGCGCCAACGCCUGCCAUACCGUCCGACCUAGGCGAGACUCCCCUGCCCACACCGCCCGGCCCGAACCUAGCGAGACCCUCUCACUCCGCCCAGCCGAGCUCCUCACGCACCGCCCGGAGACAUGCCCAAGAGAAAGGCUGAAGGAGAUUCUAAGGGCGAUAAGGCCAAAGUUAAGGAUGAGCCACAACGGAGAUCAGCAAGGUUAUCUGCUAAACCUAUUCCUCCGAAGCCAGAGCCUAAACCUAAAAAGGUAGCUCCAAAGAAGGGUGAAAAAUUACCCAAGGGAAAGAAGGGGAAAGCUGAUGCUGGCAAGGAUGGAAACAACCCUGCAGAAAAUGGAGAUGCCAAAACAGACCAGGCACAGAAAGCUGAAGGUGCUGGUGAUGCCAAGUGAAUUGUGUGAAUUUUUUGAUAACUGUGUACUUCUGGUGACUGUACAGUUUGAAAUACUAUUUUUUAUCAAGUUUUAUAACAAUGCAGAAUUUUGUUUUACUUUUUUUUAAGCUAUGUUGUUAGCACACAGAAUGCUUCGUUGUUGUGUUUUUUGGGGAGCAACAGGGGCAAAAAUGUCACUCUAUUUCUCAGAACCCAUUUUAAACAAAACAAAAAAAGUCCCCUUGGUUUUUUUUGUUUUGGUUUUGGGUGUUUUUGUUUUUUAGGAGAGGGCUCUUCCUGGACAUGAAAAGGAGGGAUUCCCUGAUGCUGCAUAUGAGUUUAGCUUUGUGAAAUGCAUUGGAGUGAACAUUGAAGGUCCCAACGUGUCUGCUUGCCAAUUUUAAAACUGCAGUUUGUAAUGCCCUUUGUUUUCUCAUUCCCUUAGUCAUUUGCAUAUAGCUUAUCACUCCUUUAAAUAUGGCAAAAGGCGUUUUGGGACUUAUCACCCCAAAUUGUAAUGCAUUGUCACUGUCAGGCAAUCCAGACUUUCAGUGUCCAAAUUGGGAUGUGCAGGCUCUAAAAGAAGCUACAUUUCCUCUUUUAUAUUGUGGAUCUUCAAAUUAAAAACUCUGCAGUUUUAAUUUUUUUUCUCUAAAAGUCAGGGUAGGCUUGUGAAAAGUUGUUAAACAACAUGCUAAAUGUGAAAGUGUCCACCCUCACUCUAAACUUUUCCUUGUCCAAGUAUGAAAUGAAGAUUCUUCAUUGGUUUUAUAUAGUAACUUUUACGUUUUGAUAGUCCAUGGAGGGAGGGGAGUUUGAAGUUGUUGUAAAAUGUUGCAGAUUGUAGCCCAUGUCCUGCCUGAAUUACCAUGAUUGUUUAUGAAAAGUACCUUUAAUAAAGCUGGAUACGGUUUGGCUCGGA